AUGAUUUUUCUAUGGUUUUUAACUUGUUUGUUUGUCGAUAUUGAAACAUCCAUUUUAAAUGGAUGUCAAAUUCAAAUCGAUCAUAUUUAUUGUCGUCCUAAAUUUCGUUUAUUUCAUUCAACAUCCUUAUUAUCUGAUUUAUCUCGAACGACCACAUUAACACUAACCAAUUCUUAUUUAACCGGUUCUGUUGCAUCAAUUAAUAUAAAAACAUUAAUUAUUGAAGAUUAUCCGUAUCCAAUAUUUUCUGAUACAUUUGAAUCAUCAUCUAUUGAAAUAAUUCAUAUUGAACAUACACGCUUAACUCUAUUUCCUCAAUGGUUAUGUAAAUUAAAUUUAAAUUUAACAACGAUACAAAUAGAAUAUUCUCAAAUCAUCAGUUUAAGUAAAAAUGAUUUUCGUUCAUGUACAAAUUUAACAACAUUAAGAAUUACCUAUUCUCAUUUAACACAUUUUCAAUUACCUUGUAACGGUUUAAGUCAAUUAAGAUAUUUGUUUUUAAAUAACAACGAAUUAACAACAAUUGAUACGCAAGGUUUAAUUCGAUUAUCGACAUUAGAUUUAUCAUUUAAUCGCAUUGUAUCAAUAUCUUCGAACAUAUUUAAACAAGCGUCCCAGCUACGAAUUUUAAAUCUUUCCUAUAAUAGUCUAGAAAUGUUUAAUAUCAUGGAUGAAUCACAUUUAAAAAAUUUAAAAUUUUUAUAUUUACAGGGUAAUGUUGAUCUAAAAACGCAUCCAAAUUGGCGUCUAUUAUCAAAAUUAAUAGUAGUAGAAUUUCCAUAUUCCUAUUUUUGUUGUGCACCAGAAUUAUUAAAAAUAAACUAUGCUGUAUACGAUCAAACAACAAAAGAGAUGAGCAAUAUCUCAGAAUUAGAUAUGUGUAAAAUCAAUGAAACGCUAAAUAUAAUUAAAACAACAGACAAUUACAUAGAAACUCAUACAACAACAUACACGCAACAAGAAAUCCAGUAUGAUACUACAAUAUUUAACAAAUAUUCUGGACAUCCAUUGUUCAAUCGUCAAAUACAUUCGAUAUUAAAAUCGAACGGUGCUUUAUUUGGACAAGAUGUAUUAGCAACAUCUGACACACAUCGAAUAAUGUUAUUUGAGUUUCAAGAAUCAACAGUUUGUCGACCAAUUCCUCAUGCAAUGACACCGUGUAGAAAUUUAUUUUCAAAAAAUGUCAUUCGUCUAGUAUUUAUCGUCAUUGUUAUCAUGGCUCUAAGCUGUAAUAUCCUUGCUGUACUCUUAGCAUUAUCAUCAAUAUUGACAUCAUAUCAUUCAUGUUCAAUCGCCACCGUAUUAACCAGUAAUCUAGCCGUAUCUGAUUUUUUAUAUUCUAUUUAUUUAAUGAGCGUUGCUAUUGUUGAUUAUCAAUAUGCUGAACAAUUUUAUGGAAAAGCUAUUUUUUGGCAAUCUUCGUCAAGUUGUAAAAUAGCCGGAUUUUUAUAUACAUUCAGUAGUGUAUCGUCAACAUAUGCACUUACUCUACUGACAAUUGAGCGAUUUUAUACAAUAUUAUUUUCCUUUAAACGUCAAUUAACAUGGCCUUACAGUAUUACGAUUUGUUUAAUAUGUUUUGGUUGGUUUUGCAGUUUUACUAUUGCACUGGUGCCAUUAUUUGGUAUGAACACGUUUCAAGAUAAUACAUUAUGUGUACCAUUUCGUUUAAUAACAUCGCCCGAUAGAUAUUUUGUUUUAAUAUUAAUAUCAUUUGGUGUUUCUUCAACAGUGAUCAUUAUCUAUUGUUAUGGUUUAAUCUGUUUGAAUUUGAGCUAUUCUCAUAUUCGUACAUCUAAUGAUUUAAAAGCCACAAUAAAAAUUUUAAUAUUAGUAUCAGUAGAUUUAAUAAGUCGAUUUCCAUUAUUAAUUUUUCUAUGUAUAUACAUUAUGGGUUAUUAUACCUUGACAUUGGAUGAUAUUGAAAUUAUCAUUUUAUUCGUACAACCGUUAAAUACAUGUUUAAAUCCAUUAAUGUAUUCAAUUAAUAAGACAAAAUUGAAACAAGAAAUGUGGAGAAUAUACGAUUCAAUAUGCAAUAGAAUUUCAUGUUUUACAUUUAUUAAAAGUGGUUAUCAAGCAAUGCGACAACAAUCAAUCGAUGGCAUAGUCGAAUAUAGAGCAAAAAUCGAAACAUAA